AUGGGUGUAUUUAUAUGUUUUGAUUUCCGCUUGCUGUUCUUUAAGAAGUGUUAUUUCAAGAUAUCAUUUGCAAAGAAAAAGAUAACAAAAACUACACUGAUGAGGUACAAUAAACGUGAAAAGUAUAUAAUUGCACACUCAAAUGAAGAAUUAAAACAUGUUUCCAAUACGACUACGGCUAUAAUACAUCCAACCAAGUCAUAUGGUUAUUUGUUACAUGUAAAAGCUAAUUAA